AUGAAGUUUCUCGCCAUGACUCUAGCGCUCUUCAGCGCCUCUGCCUGGACUGUGAACGCAGUUCCUACCCCUGAAGAAGUCGGAACUCUCGCCUGGAGAGCUUGGGAUCUGCGCUUCCUCAGCGAAGCACCCCCAGUUUGCAAUUCCUCCGUAUCUAAUAUCGAGUACUCCAUCGGUCGUCGCUACGGCCAGUCUGGGCGUACUUGCGAGCAAAUUUUUAAUGAACCCGAGGAAAUCAAGAGUAUCUCAUGGAAAGCACCCAUGAUUUCGUAUCGGUUCGACCUUUGCAUGUUCGGCACUGAUGAUUGUGCCCCUGAGAGCUACUUGGCGAAGAUUACCAAUGACUGGGAUGUGUGCUACUUGUACAAUGGGUUCCAGUCAUAUUCCGUUGUUUCGAAAGGGGAUCCUUGUUUCCCUGAUGGGAGUGAUGAGGGUGAUGGAGAAGAACAGCAGUAG